AUGACCACCAUAACAGAACUAAGCCUCUUGAUAGACAUCUGCAUGCCAAACGACCUGACCAAGAAGAUAGAUGGAGUUAUGUUCUUCAUAGAGGAAACGGCCUUUGUCUUCAAGCUCAUCUUGUUCAUGUGGAAUAUCAAUGAAUUAAAUGCCAUAGAGAAUAUGCUGGAAGACUUCAAUUCUUAUAAUUUAAAAUUUUCAGACUUAGAAAACAUAAAAGAGAAUCUUAAAGAGAUAACAUACCUAAGGAAAACAUACCGCACAAGUUGCUUUGUAUGUUCUGCGUUUUAUGCUGUGCCUCCGUUACUAAGAAAAGAUGUGAAAUAUGCUUUGCCAUAUUCCACAUACUUGCCAUACGAUAUAACUAAUAAUUUUACCUAUGUUCCGACUUUUAUAUACCAAGUAGGGUCAGUUCUAGUGUCAGCUCAUUUAAACACUAUGAUCGAUAUGAUCAAUAUUAAGCUGGUUACUUUGGGAUCUUGUUUAUUGCAAGUUCUGAUGAAUAAAUUGAAGGAUAUUGGUAUUAAUUUGGAUGAAGAUGAUUCUGUGAAGUACAGAGAAUGUCUUAUUUUGCAUAAUAAGAUUUUGAGAUUUGUGGAAAAAAUUGAAAAACUUUACUGCUACAUAACGUUUGCACAACUAUCAGCUAGUGCAACAGUAAUUUGUUUUAGUGCAUUUGGUUUAGCAAUAGUCCCAGUGGGUAGUGGAGAAUUUGAUUUAUUCUUGAUUUAUUUGAUCAACAUGAUCACACAGGUUGCCCUCUACUGCUGGGCAGGACAUAACAUGAGAGCACUGAGCGAGGAUUUAAGUACUGCUUGUUAUAUGUCAAAAUGGUACAAGACCGACACAAAAACGAAGAAAAUGAUGAUUUUGUUCAUGGAAAGGACCAAAAGACCAUUGACCUUGACGGCAGCUAAAAUGUUUCCCAUGACAUUGACAACAUUGACAUCUAUUUUGCGAUCAUCAUAUUCGUAUUUUGCCGUACUUCAGAGAGUAUAUAGUGACCACUAAACCUACUACAUACACAAU